UCUAGUAUUUAUGAGCACCGCCUCACUACUCCUUUUGACAUACACUCAACGCUUAAGCAUAUACUCGAAGGAGAUUCCAUACAACAGGAGCUGUGAAAGUAUACACGUAUCAGAGCACUGGUGUGUCUGUCAUAUAAGUCGACGCAUACAUGACUUACACAGCGUUAGACCUAUGGCUGAGUUUGUGGUCACAAAACUCAAUGACUUACUGCACGACAAGUAUAGCAAU